AUGGCUGGUGUAACUAUCGGUUUUCUCAUGCCGUCAGUUUUUCAUCUAAUCGAUGAAUUACCGCUUAACACUCCACAUGUUCCGACAACUAUUGUUGGUAUAUUGUUUAUGUUACACUCCGAUAAAAAUAUUGAAGCAAGGAUUUACUGCAAUGCAAUAUGUUCUUUAGUAGCGGAACGAAUUUUCUUAGAAUACAUGGAUUCUUCACCGUUUCAAGAGCGUUGCCAAGAAACCAAUCAUAUGAGCUCUUCAUAUUCAUUUUUAAACUUCCAAGAACAAUAUCCAAACCAACAAGACCUACAUGAGGGUGAAGCAGCAAGAUGCGCAGAAGGAGCCUAUCAAGAAGAAAACCAACUCCAACAGGACCCAUACCAGGGAAUUUAUGGUCUUUCAGAGAUUUAUCAAGUACAUCAAUUGCCCCCAGAGGUCAAACAAGUGAUUUCUUCACCUCAAUUCUCGGAAGAGCCAACCUGGUUAACUUCUCAACUUCUUCCGGAGAACCGACAAAAUAAAUAUCUGGAACCUGGUAAUAUGACCUUUUCAUCUCAGUUCUCAGAACAACAAAUCCAGGUUUACUUAAAAACUCAAGAACUAAGUCUGGAAAUUGCCAACCUCAUUUCUCAGCUUAGGGAUGUCAAGGCUCAGCUUAGGGAUGAAGAAAAAGAAAAAAAAUUGCAUGUGGUGUUUGCAAAAGCCGGAGAAAAAGAUGCGAUGGAGUUUGAAAGAUUAUCCAUCAAAGAGUUAAUAAAAAUAGGCUUCGAAGAAGUUGAAAAAGAUCCAGACAAUAUGAAAUGCGUACAUACCGGAAUUGAAAGCUCUUCGUGGCCAACUGCUUUAACAGUUGAACGUUCUUCUCUAUCAGUUAUUGAUGUUCCUGUAGAAAAAUGGGGCCUUUCUGCGUUAGAAAGGUUGCUGCUAGGAAUUAAUAAUUAUGACACAAUACUCACUUUUAUUCUUUCAAUUAAUAGCCGACCUGAUUCCUCAGUCGUCCAACUAUACGAUAACGUAGUUGGACGAUAUAUUCGUAAACAUGGAGGAGUCGCUAUUGGUAUUGUAGUGGAUCCUGCUAUGGACAGGUUCGCAGCCAGUGCAUUUAAAGCAGCCGAAGCUGAAGAGUUGAGAAUGCUGUCCUCUUGUCAA